CGGGGCGCUGGCAGCCCCCGGGGCUGGGGACACGCCGGUGGCCGCGGCAGGUGGCUCUGCCCGGGAAGGGGAGGAGGCUGGCGGCGCUCCCAGCCCGCGGCAUCCCUCCCCGGGCAGCGAUGCUCAGUCCCGGCUCAGCCUGGCAGCGGCACAGAGGGCACACGAGCCUGCGGGGACAUGGACGGCACCAACCGCACGGAGCCGUGGCAGCGCAGCCUGCAGGCGCUGCUGGGCGCCCUGAACCAGACCCUGCACGGGGCCGUGCCCUGCCCGGGCCGGGCCCCGGCCAGCCCCGCCGCAGGAGCCACGCGUGGGGAGCACGCCAACGCCCACGCCUACAUGUACAUCCUGUUCGUCAUGACGCUCUUCGCCGCCACCGUGGGCAGCCUCAUCCUGGGAUACACCCGCUCCCGCAAGGUGGACAAGCGCAGCGACCCCUACCACGUCUACAUCAAGAACAGGGUCUCCAUGAUCUGAGCCGGCCCGCGCCUCGUCCCCGGACACACUGCAAUCCCUCCCACGUCUACAUCAAGAACAGGGUCUCCAUGAUCUGAGCCGGCCCCGGAGACACCGGGCUGGGGGCCACCGCGCUGGGCACAUCCCCUCGCUGUGGGGUGCGGCAGCGCUGCUGGCCUCAGAGCUGCUGGGUCCCCAAAGCUGCUGGGACCCCAAAGCUGCUGGGAGCCCCAGAGCUGCUGGGACUCCAGAGCUGCUGGGAGCUCCCAAAGCUGCUGGGACCCCGGAGCUGCUGGGAGCCCCUCAGAGCUGCUGAGAACCCUGUAGAGCUGCUGGGAGCCCCCGAAGUUGCUGAAACCCCCCAGAGCUGCUGGAACCCUGUAGAGCUGCUGAGAACCCCCCCAAAGCUGCUGAGAACCCCCCAAAGCUGCUGGGAACCCCCCAAAGUUGCUGGAACCCCCCAGAGCUCAGUCAUGGAGGAGCUCAGUCCUGGCUGAGCAGUGCCAGGAUGCCCUGGCUGGAAGAAUGUGAGCUGCAUGCAGGUGCUGGUCCUGCAGACCCACCCGGGCUCCACCUGGGCUGGCAGGGCAGCUCCUUUCCCACCAUGGUCUGCGGGGUUGGCAGGAGCCUUCAAGGAGAGUAUUUCCCCAUCUCCCUGCUCAGAUCAGCCCUCCCUGGGCUGCCAGCAGCUGUGACCGUGCUUAGGGGGUUUUCGGGUGCUGAGACGCUGUGAUGUUUAAGCUGGGCUGGGCCCUGCUGCUCUGGCAGGGAAUUAAAGGGAAUUAAAGGAGGUGCU